AUGCCUGGGUUGCCUGGGUUGCCUGUGUUAUCAAGGGGUUAUUUUAGUUCCAACGUUGCCAUUAAUUCGCCUACGCAAAAAAACAACUCAAAUAACUCAGGAACUCGAACUUGUCGCAAAAAGAACCCAAAUACUGGUUUCUAUCUCAAAUUUUUCCCUCACUGCACUGCUCCACUGCCCUGUCGUUUCUUUUUAAAAACUGGCACAUUGUUUUUCCCUAUUGUGCCAGAGUUUCAGGAGUCGCGGGAUACCCGUUCCAAAUUCUUCGUUAACCGCGUGCAGACAUUUAACGGUUCACUCUUGCUUUAUUGGUGCAAAGGUGUGCCCGUGCUACAGGAAACGUUGAGUGACCUUUUAAAUUCUGGUAGCCAGACCAGCAGAUUCUCCGUGUAUUUGUGCAACCUAAGGGCUUUGAGCCAAGCCGGAAUGUCCUUCAAAAGAGAUCUGGACGCAAUGUCCCGCGGAACAGGCGAUUUGGGAGGCACAGGAGCGUUCAACGGCGAUUUCAAGUGGGAAGAGCCGGCAGCUUUCGCCUGUGGGGAAUGGAUGGUGCUCUUGCUGAGAGGUUCGGGUUUGGAGGCCAGUCUUGUGGCUGGUGGGAGCGAGCUGGACUGGUUCUGUGGGGCGCGGCUCACUGGGAGUCGGCCUCUUUCGUCAGAACUGGCCACCACGCUGCUCCACGUAGGUGUAGUUGGCUCGGCAGGUUUGGGCUUGUUGCUAUCGAGCUUGGACCGGUGA